UGAGUAGCCUUUUACAUUAGUCUUUCUUUGUCAUACGUUUAGUAAAAUGUGGUUUAGGUUAUUGAUUAUUAAUUGAAUGACACAACGUUUAUAUUUUUUUCUUUGCAAUCACGCAGUCUUAAAAUAGUCCUCCGGCCCCAAUCCGUAUGUGCCACGAGGAACCAAAGGCACGUUUAGCCAAUUCUUGAGGCUGUCACAAUUUUAUGUACACGCCUAUGCUGUAGCCUAUUCCCAAGGUGUUGAUUUCCCGGUAGGCCGGUAUGCAGUAUUAUAAUGUUUGUUUGCUUUGUUCAUGGCUCGCGGCGGAAUGGAUGAAAAUAACGUGUUGCGCAUUCUAAUCACGAAAGUUGUUUGUUCUCACACACUCACCAAGGAAGAUGCUGUCUCAGUGGAACCCCCCGUGUUCAGCAAUGGAUCAGUCUGAUCCUGAUCUCCCUCCCAACCACUGCCAGGUGGACUGUACCAAUGAGGUGGCAGAGGGGGGUCAGAGGAACAGGGGUGGUGUCUCUUUGUCCUCCCCAGAGAGCAGCAGCAUGAAUGGAGAUGGCAACCGGAAACGCAGUGGGAAGAGCCGUCGCCGUCGGAAACGCUCCGCUCAACCCGACAACCACCCAGCAUUCAUUGCCGUGGAGAUGCAUCCGCCUUCACCACCUGGCCAGGGGGAGAGUAGCCACGCCCCUGUCCUUGACUCCCCCAGCAUGGUCCUGCUCGGCAUGCGGCCUGAGUGUGAAUCUGUGUGGUUUGACCGCGGUGUGUAUGAGCAGGCUGAGAGUCUGUAUCAGUGCUGGUUGGCACGCUCUGCCAACGGUGCGAAGACACGGCCAAGCAGCUCACCCUCGCUCUCUGCCCUGGCUGCUGACAACCACCCCACCUCGCCUCAACCCUCACCCUCACCCCCUGGCCCGAACCACCCAAUCACCCCUCCAACCAUAGUAUCUGAAGAGCAUUGUGUUUUUGCAGAGCCCCUGCUGCAGCCAGCAGCCCCAGAUUUCCUGGCCCUCCCCGCAAACAGCGCCGCCACACCAGACGAGGGGUACCUGUCCCUUGCCCAGACCCCCCAGGCGGCCUCCCCAUUGACCUCGGCCCAGGCCCCUGGCCAGCUGAUGAACGGACUGCCCUGUCUCCCCGUGGAGCUGCUGAGGCACGUGUGGCUGCAGAAGCCUCUUUACGACCGGGCCGAGGCAGCCUUCUACCAGAACCUCUACGGCAACAACCGCUCUCAUACCUGCAACAACCUGGAUGGUGGAACCUCCACCUCACGUACCAACCCUAACGCUCACUCAAACUCCAGGGGUAUUGGAGACCACCCACAGAGUCUUAUGGAAGAGGAGGAAGUGUUAGAAGAAGCAGCCAUGGUCUCACAGGGGAAGGCCGAAGUCUAUCACUCUCUGCUCACCAUUCAGGAGGAGGAGGAGCCUGCUGACGUCACAGAUGAGGAAGGUGUGGCCAUGUCAGUGGGAGGAGUCUGUUACUUCCUUCAUCCGGACAGUGAGAGGGUGUGGCUAGACCGGGGACGCUACGAGGAUGCAGAGAGAUGUUUCUACGGUUAUUACCAGAAUGUACCUGUGGAGUCAACAGUAACCAACAGAGAGGAGGGGGCUCUUGGGGAAGAAGAUACUGCGGCGUCCGCAAUGUCAUCGCCAGCAUCACCGGUCGCAUGCAACGGCCCUCUGAGGGACAACACCAUGAGUGCAGCAUUAAACUACCUAGCUCAGGAGAAGAUCUGGUUUGAUAAACCUCACUACGAUGAGGCAGAGAGAUAUUUCUACGAACGCAUGAACGGCACCUUACACCCAGCACAAGAGCUGGUGGGAGCCAACAGCAUCCUGCAGGACAUAGCCCGGGCCAGGGAAAACAUCCAGAAGUCUCUAGCAGGAAGUGCAGCUAAUGGGACAGGAGAUCAAGGGGAACUCGUCACACAGAUCAAGAUCCUGGAGCUAGAGAACCACAGUCUGCACCAAGUGGUGGAGGACCUGCGGUCAGCUCUGUCUAAGUUGGAGUGUCGGGUAUCGGUCCUGGAGAAAUUCCCAUCGCCAGCCCCAGUCCCUGCAGCCCCCUGUACAAAUGCCACAUCUGUCCAGCAGAAGACGACCAGUGCUCCAGUUGAGGAGGAGGAGGAUGAUGAUGAUGAUAUGGACCUGUUUGGCAGUGAUGACGAGGAGGAUGCGGAGGCCGAGCGAAUCAAAGAGCAGAGGCUGAAAGAGUACACAGAGAAGAAGGCCAAGAAACCCAUCCUCAUCGCAAAGUCUUCUAUCCUAUUAGAUGUCAAGCCUUGGGAUGAUGAAACAGACAUGGCUAAGCUGGAGGAGUGUGUGAGGUCUGUUGUUGCUGACGGUCUGCUGUGGGGUCAGUCUAAGCUGGUUCCAGUGGGUUAUGGUAUCAGGAAGCUACAGAUCCAGUGUGUUGUUGAGGACAACAAGGUGGGGACAGACCUGCUAGAGGAGGAGAUCACCAAGUUUGAGGACUACGUCCAGAGUGUCGACGUAGCAGCUUUCAACAAGAUUUGAUUCAACCCUCUUCCUCGUCAUUGGGCCCGUCCCACAUGGCACCCUAUUCUCUAUAUUGUGCAUAACUAUUGAUGAGAACUCUAUAGGCCCUGGUCAAAAGUAGUGCACUAUAUAGGGAAUAGUGUCAUUUGGGACUUGGCCAUGUUCCCUGUCCAUUCAUCGCUGCUGUUUGUGUCACAUGGUUAAUAAUAAAGAGCUUUUGGUGCACUUGAA